AUGCUUGUACAAUUCCAAAGGUCCAACAUAGCCAUGUUUUUCCCUUGCUCUUUCGCGAUUUUUGUGGCCAGCUUUCUGCCAGUUGGCAGCUUUGAUUUGGCUGAUACAGAUUCUGUGUGCGAUGACACAGAGAUUUCUUUGAGACAGCUUCGGGCGAGGCAGUUGACGAACACAACUGAGGGUACUGAUGGUGCCUGUGGUGGCCUGGAAGAUCCACGAAAUGCCGAUUGUGCUGAACAAGUGCAAUGGGCCUUUGAAAAGGGGCUCAAACAGCACCCAGGCUGGUACUUUGUCCCAUUGGGCACCAUCAGCCGAACUGGCCCAAGCGAUGCCAAGAUAGGUGACCUGCAGCGCAUUUUCUUUUGUGGCCGGGCUGGCAAGACAAGGUGUGGGUUGCCGCCCUGCACCUGCACUUCACCACCCUGCAACGUUUGCGAAGCGCCCGAGUUAGCGCCGAAACUCUCCAAGGCCUUCACACGCAUCAAGCGGUUUGACUUUACAGGUGAUGCCAAGAAAGAAUUUGACGUAGUGCAGAUUCCUGACCAGAAUAUGACCCACUCCUGCUCCAACUACGUGGAUGACGGAUCAACAGUCUUCACGAAAGAUGGAAAGCUGGUCGUGAAGGUGUCCUCUGCAUGUCCAGAUGGAACGUGCUUGAAUUCAGGACGUGCCAUGAGCAGGGACGCAUUCACCUACGGUGUCUUCACUUUUUCAGCGAAAGUACCAAAGUGCAACUCUGUUUGGCCUGCUCUGUGGCUUUUGCCCGAAAAUUCCAAGGGCGACGGGAAAUAUGGCCCUUGGCCUUGCAGUGGCGAGAUCGAUCUGUUGGAGACGGUGAACGAUGAUUCCCACGGUGCCUUCAACCUGGUGGCAGGUUUCGGAUCGCGCGGCGGGUGCUACGACCCCGCGGCCGUGACGUGCAACGCCUGUGCUCCGCCCAGCUAUUGCACCAGCACCACCUUGGCAGAUGCAGAAGCAUCGCAUUUGAUGGUGGAAGGACGAAAGUGGCCAUACCCAGGGCGCGAUCCUGAUUCUGAUCAAGGAGAAGGUGGAGACAGGACCGAUGGCCACUUUGCGUUUGCAAAGUACAUCAGCGCUUCGGACCCCCACUACCGAUGGUGGGCGGAGACGGGGCCAGGAAAGGGCCUUCAGGGCCGGGCUCUGUAUCACUUUUGUGAUGGAAACAGCUCGGAGUGUGGAGCUAAGCGUGGUCGUCAGCAGGUCAGCCACGUGGAGAAGUUUCGGCCGAUCACAGAAGCCAUGGUCACGGCCAAAACCCCCUCCUGGAUGUUUGGAAGGAGUUGUUACAACGCGGUGCAGCCCUACUUGAGUGGCCUGCCGAAGGUCGCUGCUGAGCGUGAGACGGGAGAGUUACCCUGGGCCAGCCAGGAGGAAGAAGAUGACAGCAGUCAACAUGAUUCCUCUGAAGAAGACGGGGAAGAUCUCAAGGAGAAGGUCACUCGGUUGAAAAAGAGUCUGGCUGCCGCUGAAAAGAAGGCCAAGGCGGCUGAAGACAGAGCUGCCGGUGGCAUUACCUCCAAGAAGGAGAGAGCAAUAGAGAAGAAGAAGAAGAAGAAGAAGAAGAGCCGCAAAGGGGCGUUGCGCACGGGCGAUGACCGCGACAAGGAGAAAGAGACAAAGCGGAAAAAGCGGAAGAGCCAGGAGCGAGCUGGCGACGCCUCGCGCGGAAGAUCAGGACCUGGCUCUGCCAGAGACAAAAAGAAAAGGCACCGCCGGCGCUCACCCAGUGAUAAGAGUGCCAAGAAGGAGAAGAAGAAGCACAAGGCCCGGCAGAGAGAAAGAGGAUCAUCGUCUGCCGAGCGUGAGGGCCUCUUCGGGGACAAAGGCAGUGGCUCUUUUGAUGAGUCUGACUCCGAAGUCGGAGGCCGUCACGCUGACAGGGGACCAUUUGGGGCCGCCGAAGUGCUUCAAAUUCUGCUCGCACGAGCUGAUUUGCGGAUCGUAUCCCUUCCGGGGGCGUUCAGCGCUCGAGCAACAGAACGGGAUCACGCUGAACGAGAUGCAGAGGUUGGCUGCCAAACCGCGGCCGGAAGCAGUGAGGAACUGCUUCCGGCUGAAAUUGAGGCGCAGCGAGAAGAAGCGGCGUUGUUAACCGCUUUGGCCGAAGCAGGGCCCAGUGCCUCCGCAGCGCCCACGCUCACAAGCGCAUCCGUUGCAAGCCAGACGAACGUGUCUGGCUUGCUUGCGUUGCAGCUGAACAAUUUGCAGGUCUUGGAGGCUUCGUCUCCCCAUCUGUGGGAGGCACCAAUUGACCAAACCGUUCAAUGUGACCUCGACGCCUCAUUAAUUCCAGAGCUGGUAGAGGCGAUGGAGAGUUUUGAGCUGCAGCGCAUGCGACAAGAGGAUCAUGUUUAAAUCGCAUUGCCCUUGAACGCCCCCAAGCAGGGCAAGAUCCUUGGAUGCUGUGCAGAAAGACCCGAAAGACUUGUGAAGGGUUUCCGGUAGAUAUGGCCGAUCGCACGGAUUGUGUUGCGCUCUCGUCGCAUGGCAGGUACAUCUAAGAAUUGGAUGCUGGUGGUUCUUUUCAAGCUCUCCCCGAUGACGGCACUUCAGUUCAGAUUUUCUUUUUUUCAGGUACGGCCGGGCGCCUUUGGUGGA